AUGGAAACCUUCUCCCCUCCCCGGAAUAUCUUAAUUGUCGGAGCGGGAAUCGCUGGAAUCGCCUGCGCACUCGCACUAUCCAAAGAACUCGCACCGUAUGUUCCCGGUCUCAAGAUCACCAUCUUCGAGCGCCAUGACAUCCUCUCAACGUCCGGUGGUGCCAUUAACCUCACUCCCGUCGCCCAGCGCCAUCUGGCUCAACUGGGGGUGUUGCAGGAGUUGGAUCGGCUGGGCGCGGACGGGGGAGCGGAAGUCAGUGCGAUUGAGAUGUACUCGGUGCGUUCUGGGCGAUCGAUCGGAUCGAUCGAUUUCACCGACCAGAAGGGGAAUGGAUUUGGAGGCUACAAGGGCCGCCGUGUCAUGCGGAUCAUGCUCUCCAUGGCGUUAAUGACCGUGCUCGAAAGGACGCCGAAUAUCGAAGUCCAAUUCGGGAAAAAGGUUGUCGGAGGAGAAGAAAUCGAUGGGGCUGCCACCCUGCACUUUGAGGACGGGUCCAAGGCCAUUGGUGAUCUGGUCAUUGGGUGCGAUGGGGUUCAUUCUGCCCUUCGACGCUGGGUCGAUCCCGACUCUCCGUCCGAGUACACCGGUCUUUCCUUUUUGCAGGCAAAUAUCCCCCGGAAGACGAUUUCGUCGCGCAUCCACUUCAAGGCGUCGGCUCUCAAUAUCUCUCGGCAUGGUUCCUUGCUCACCAGCUUCUGUGAUCGCGAUCAUGACGAGAUCUUCGCGGCAGCAGUGGUCCAGUUCAGUCAUGCUGACCUGAGCUACUACCGCCUGGAGCCAGGACAAGACUGGGCAACGCAGCAUCGCAUCAAAUCUGCCUUACGUGAUGAAAUACGAGCGAGGUUCUCGAAAACCGCCAUUCCGUGUAUCCGAGAAAUAGUCAAUACUAAAGCCGACUGGAUGCUUUACCCGGUCUAUCAAGUUCCCCCAAGCGCACGCUGGUGCAUGAAUCGGGUUAUUUUGCUGGGAGAUGCAGCCCAUGCGAUGCCCCCGCGAGACGAAUCGGCUGCGUAUGCCCUGGACGACGCGAUCCUAUUUGCGCGGAUCUUAGCCUAUCACCGCUUCGAACCAUUGACGGACGUUUUCGAUACCUAUGAGGGGAUCCGCCGAGACAAAAUCCACAAGGCUUUCCAAGAGUCCUCCAAAAUGUGGGAGCGAAAUCGGGACAUGGGACUCCUCGAAGGACGGGUGAAAGAAUGGACCAUGCCAUUUUACCUCCGAAGCCAUCGCGAGGAGCGCCAGGCCGCAUGGGAGUUUGACGCUGCAAAGAUCACGAUCCCCCCUUUGACCCCCAGUGAUGAUUCAAUGAGCCUAUCGUCGUUUCUCAAAGAAUCA